GCACACAUUUAUUUUAUCAAGUAACAUAAAACUUAGUGCCGUGUCAGUUGUCAUUCUAUAUUCGAAAAUCAUUAGGGACAUCAAGUAGCAACACCUAACCUCUUUCUUUCAUUGUCAAAUUCGGCAAAAAUGACGAAGGGAACAUCGAGCUUCGGUAAACGCCGAAAUAAGACUCACACACUAUGUAGAAGAUGUGGCAGAUCUUCUUAUCAUAUACAAAAAUCAAAAUGCGCUCAGUGUGGAUACCCUGCAGCCAAAUUACGCUCUUACCACUGGUCGGUGAAGGCUAAGAGGAGGAAGACCACUGGAACUGGUCGUAUGCGUCAUCUCAAGAUUGUCAGAAGGCGUUUCCGCAAUGGUUUCAAAGAAGGCCAACCUACCCCUAAAAAAGCUGUUGCCUCCUCGUAGACAUUUUACUAAUUAAAAGGUUCACAAAA